AUGUCGCAGGGCUUAAUACCAGUCACCGAGUCGGUGCCCGUCUCAGGGUCGAGCUCCGAAAAACCCGCGACUUCUGCAGCCGCUGCCAGUGCUCCGUCAACAGCGCCUGUCCAGGCGCCCAAGUCGCGCAGCUGUCUCGUAUGCCGCAAUCGCAAGGUUCGCUGUGACAAGCAGUCACCCUGCUCCAACUGCCGCCGGGCAAAUAUCGCCUGUGUCUAUCCGUCGACCGACCGCCCGCCGAGGUGGACGCGCCGCUUCAAUCGCCUCACCCACAAUGUCCUGGCAUCAAGUGCUCCGGUACCGCAAGACGCCAAUCCGGACCUCGAUAAGGUCAUGGACCGGUUGCGAAAUCUCGAGCAGUUGGUUAAGGAGCUGAGCGGCCAGCUGGAACAGGCUCGUGCACGUGCAGCAGCUCACUCGGCCGCCGGCGGCUCAUCUGGUGUCAAUUCUCCUGGUAGCUCUAGCCAGAACCGCGAUGCAGAGCACCACAGGGAUCUGUCACCCGCCACCGGUAUCAGCAGUGUUCGCAAGCAGUUUGGCCGCUUGGUCCUCCAGGAUUCCAGCCGCAGCCACUAUGUGAGCAGCGCCUUCUGGUCUCGGGUCGACGACGAGCUAGAUGGCCUGGAGACGGAAUCCCGUGGCCUGGUAGCAGACGACUCCGACAGCUCAUGGGAUGAAGCAUCCCCUGGAAGGGCCUCCUCCACCCAGGAAAUUGAGCGGACGCCUGCGGAGCGCCAUGCGCUCCUGUUUCGACACAAUCUGAGUCCUUCAGCUCCCAAUUUACAUGAGUUCCGGCCACUGCCAUCACAGGUACCGUUUCUCUUGGACGUCUUCUCGCGAAACGUGAAUGUCUUCAUGCGAAUCGUCCACAUCCCGACCCUUACUAAGAUGGUCAAUGAUCUGGGCGGCGCUGGCAGGACUCCCCUCACACCAUCUAACGAAGCCUUAAUAUUCUCCAUCUACUACGCCGCUGUCACCUCUAUGGAGGAAGAUGAUGUUAUGACCAACUUUGGCUCCUCAAAAUCCGACCUUAGUCUCAAGUAUCGUCUUGGCCUGGAGCAUGCCCUGGCAAAGGCAGACUUCCUCAAUGUCCCUGACCUGGUUCUAAUUCAAGCAUUCGCUCUUUUUCUAUCUCUUGCUCGCCGACAUGACAGCCCAAGGUUCGUGUGGAUGAUGACUGGACUCGUCAUCAGGAUGGCCCAGUUCCUUGGGUUGCAACGGGAUGGGGCGCAUUUAAAGCAUCUGACUCCUUUUGAGAUUGAGAUGCGGCGAAGGCUUUGGUGGACUCUGUGUAGGCUGGAUUUGAGAGCUGCGGAGGACCAAGGGACGGACCUUGGUAUUGCGAAGAGCAGCUUCGACACAAAAAUCCCGUUGAACAUCAACGACGCAGACAUCGACCCCGAGUCCAAACUGAUCCCUACAGAGCGCUACGGCGUGACAGAUAUGACAUUUGCACGCAUCUCCGCUGGGAUAGUCGAUGUCAUGAGGCAGAUGAUGACCCGUGGUCCAGAAGCGGGGGUGGCUGACCUCGAGGACCAGAGCCAUCUCUUGAAUGAGAUCUACCGGAAAUUCGAACAGGAAUACUUUCAGCACGCCAGCGAAUCAGGGAAUAUUGCCUAUUGGGUCACAGUCGCCGUCGCGCGGAUGGUCAUGGCCAAGAUGACGCUCAUUGUUUUUCUCCCUGCCCUCUUCUCUACCUCAAGCGAGCGCAUCUCGGACGAGAUAAGAACCAAGCUGCUGGUCUCGGCAAUUGAAGUCGCAGAGUACAAUCAUGCGCUGAACGCCGAACAAGCAUGUCGGCAUUGGCGCUGGCUGUAUCAGAGCCACACUCAUUGGCAUGCCAUUGUAUACCUCAUGAUCGAGAUCUCACGCCGCCCUUGGUCGCCGAUUGUGGAGAGGGCUUGGGGCGCCCUUCACAGCAACUGGCUGAUUCCAGCCCGGGCCCCCAUGGACAAGGACUUGCGCAUCUGGAUUCCACUGCGAAAGCUGAUGGGCAAAGCACGGAAGCAUCGCGACGACGAGAUCCAAAGGCUUCGAGCAGAUCCACAGGCCGCGGCAAGGCUAGAGAUGGGAGACCAAAAACUCCCGGUGCCGUCAAGCUCUGGCCCGUUUCCAACCGGGUUCGGUGUCGACAUCUUCCGUGAGCGAUGGCGCCAGCUCGUAGCCAUCCCAGCGGAGCCGGGUGACCGCGGUGACGUGUCGCAAACUCCCGACGCUGGACUUGCCGACCCUCCAAUGCACCAAAUUCCCCCAGAACUACCGUCUGCAAGAACUAUUCCUACAGGAACCUCAAGGGAUCCGGGCUUCGAUAUGACCUUUGAACCAAUGCAUCUGGGUAUGGAUGGACAGCAGGUAAGCCAAACUAUAGAGAGCACCAAUAUCAAGGACCCUAAAUCGUCAAUCAAAACGGGUGGUCCGGGCGAAUUGGUCUUGAAACAGACUCUUGGGCCAUCACACAAUGCCUUUCCCACGAUCCCGGAUGACUGGGCGGAUGGUCGUACCAUGGGGCCUGAUUUCCACGCUUGGCUGUGGGCUGAUGCCGACCCCUCGGUCGACGUGUUUUCCAACUGGGAGGUGGAUUCCAUUGAUCCCAGUAUGGACCUGGGCGGUGAGGUAAACUGGUACGACUGGGUCGAAUCUGCCAAGGGCAUGGAGUGGGAUGCAAGACCUGUUUAUAGCGCUAGGUAA